AUGCCGAUGGUUGCCGGAGAGCAUGCCCUGAACGUGGAUGGAGUCGUCGCUGUAGUGGCAGAAGAGCGCAUGGCCUCGAAACAGAAGACGAUGGCGGCGAUAGCACGCGUGUUCCCAGAGAAAGACGAAGCUCCUCGCGCUUCCCCCAUCGUGGCUUGCGUGCAUGAUGGCGGCUCGCGGCUCGCGAUUAGCUUCCUAAUAGGAUGGAUGCGUCCGAGAUAA